CCGACCUCGGGAAUUAUAUGCGAAAAUCUCGAGAGCCGAGCAGCGGCAGCAGCGGCAGCAGUGGCAGAGCGAUAGCUUGGGAGAGCGGGAGGGAGAGAGCGCGCCUGCGCAUGGCCAAUGUUAUUGUCGAUCGCUGCAGCGCCUGCUGUGGGGGUGAGCAGGAGAGAGAGAUAGAAGGUGCGAAAAUGAAAUGCAAACAGAGCAGAAUUUGUCCAAGCAAGACGUAUCAAUACAAGGUGAACAGAAUUUCAGACAGACAGAGAGCAUCUCCCCUGGAGUCUGUGCGUGUGUCAAUCAACUCUUUCGUCAGCCAGAACGCCACAAACCAAUUGAAGCCCUCGCGCCCUCUGGUGACGUCAAUGGAGAGCGUGAUCGAAAGCUUACGGCAAAGCAAACAUCGGCUUGGAAGGACUCCCACCCUCCUCUCCGUCUGUUGUGGAGGCGGCGCGUGCAAGGCCACCCCCCUGCCUACCAACCACUCACUUAUGUACGUCAAUCUGUCGGUUAACGUCAGCCACAUGUUGCGAGCUUCUGGUUUCGCUGCAGUUUGAGGAUUGCGCAACGGUAAGCGGAACCACUCAAAGAACGCAGCAAAGAGACAGGUCAGAGGUCAGCAAGAGACCUGCUGUUAUUCCCAGUCAUUCCGAGUGUGGAAAUGUCAGUUGGAAGUGGAAUAUUACGCGAAAUGCAAAUGCGAACACACACACACAGAAAUGUAAUGAAGCGUGCCGCCGAAAGCAAAAGUAAAUGCAAAUGCUUAAAACACCAAAAACAAAGGUAAACGAAGCAAAAUGAAAAGGUGGGGAAAGGAGAGGGGAGUGGGCGGCAUAAUUUUCUCAGCAAAAAUCUAACAAAAUCUGAAAACACAUACAUAUGCCGCACUUUGUAUACCCUCUAAUAACACUAGUAACACUAACACUGUAUUUAAAUAUCUAUAAAAUGCUAUCAAUUUUGAGAUAAAUCCAGCUCUGUUCUUUGUAUAUCGUUUGUCCAAAAAGUAUACGACUCUUUCUAGAAACGCUAUGCAAAUUGAAUGACAAAUGAGGGAAAAGGUGAGCAAAUAAAACCAGAAGGAAAGGCAUGGAACGGGUGAAAAUAAAACAAAAAUAAACCCGCGUUCAAAAGAACUUUCAUAAUUGUCGGGAAUUGGCUUGGGAAUGAGGUAUGGGAUGCAAUCAGAACCACGAACAAAAUCUAUUGCUGGGCAAAGUACAACCCACUCUUUCUCUCUCUUUGGCUCCGUCAUUUCUCUCUCUCUCUCUCUCUCCCGAGGGAUUUUAGCUUUUCUGACGUAAUUCGUAAUUACUGUUUGAUCAACUUCUGUUGUUGUUUUUGUUAUUGUUGCGUUUUCAAUCAAUUUACAAAUUCCAUUCCUUUUUCUCGCUCACUUUUCAUC